AUGCAGGUUCUGCCUGGAGAGGGGGUUUUCUUGGACUUCUGUUCACCUGUGGAGUUGAGAGAACCAUCAUUCGAGCUUGAGUCAGAUACAGACAGUCGCAGAAUGUGUUUUGGACCUGUGGAUCCCUUCUCAGUGGUGCAUUUGAAUGCACUGCUUGAUACAUUCUUUGAUGCACUGGUUGACACAGUUUUGGAUGCACUGCUCAAUGUGGUUUUCAAUGUGUUUUCUGAUGCAGAUUUAGGUGUGUUUCUAGAUGCAUUUUUGAAUACAUUUUUGGAUGUGCUUUGA